AGGAUGCUGUGCAAUAUUAUUCUUCGAUGUGCCUUUUAAGCGUUUGACAUAUUUAGUAGUUUUUUCACACUUCAACACAUAGUUAAACGUGUUAUUAUAAUAAAUAUACAUUAAAAACAAAUAAUGUUAACAUAGAUUGCUAAAUAAAAUAAUUUAAUUUAUAGAAAGUAAAAAAAGUUAUUGUUUUGACCUUUAGAUCAUUACAGAACUAAAAUAACUUAAUUAUUUAUAUGCUAUAAAUAUAAUGAAUAAUGUCAGCCAUAAUGAAUCCAGGCACAACAAAUGUCAUCUAGAUUAGUUCAUAGGAAUAUGACAUAGCAUAGGCAUAGGAACUUAACUUAAACACAUUUUUAGUAGUAUAUUAUAAUUAUAAGUAACAAGAAUAAGUUGACACAUCAUCAAGGAGACGGAUCAUGAUUGCAUUAGUUGGACCUGCAGGGUUUUGUAAGUAGACUGUAAAUUGUAGAAAGUGUAGUUGAUGAAAUUGGGCAUUGGCAUUGGGUGAAAGUUUAUUGAAUGUUUUUGAUAUUCAUGGUUUGGUAUUGUUAUAUUAUUAUUAUUAAUUAUUAUUACUUUUAUGUGUAAGUAUUGGCUCGUUAUUAUUACUUGUAUGGUAAAGUAUUGGUUUAGUGAAUUAAAUGUGGAAAUCUAAAUAGCAUUUAAAAUUAAAUGAAAGAAACCAAUUACUAAAACUUAAAACAGAAAUUGAAAUAAAAAUAAAAGAAAGAAUAUCAGUAUCACUAAUAUUCAGGAAACAGGGCAUACUUCAGUGUCAGUAGUCAGAAAAUACUCAAAAGUAAAAAACUUUACAUGAAAAACAAAGAAAACUGUUUAUAAAAAUAAAACUGUAAUCAGACCAGUUGUAUAUCUGACAUUCGCAAGUGAAACUAGGACCCUUACAAAAAAAGCAGAAAACCUUUAAACACGACAUGGGAGAGAAAAGUUCCCAGAAAAAUAUAUGGACCAACUAGGCAUGAAUAUGGAUGGAGAAUACGAACCAACCAGGAAUUGUACAGUCUAUAUCAGGAUCCCACGAUAGUAGCAGAAAUAAAAAACGGGGAAGCUACAUUGGGCAGGACACUUGGAGAGAAUGCCAACUGACAGAGGAAUGAAGAGGGUACAUCACUGAAACCCCAGAGGAAAACAGCUCAAAGGCAGACCUACUCUUAGAUAAGAUGGGUGAUGUGGAAAAGACCUACAGCAGCUGGGAAUCCAAGCAUGGAAAAGAAAAGCAUUAGUUAGAUGUGAGUGGAAGGAAGUAGUGAGGCAUGCCAAAGCCCUACAUGGGCUGUAGCGCUAUGGGGAUGGAUGGAUUUAAAAUUAAUUGUAUUGAACUGUAUGCAUACUGUUAAACUUUCUUACUUAGGAACCAUCAAUACUUUGGAGCAUUUUCUACCUCCACACCCCCCAUAAUCAGAAAUCAUCAAAAAAUAAAUAAAAUUUGACCCUUGGAUCACCAAUAUGUAAUGGUUGCAUAGAUUACAUACAUUAUUACCUUGAAAAAUAUCAAAUUUUCAUACCCCCCCCCCCCCCCCCCCCCACCAACCCACCUGCAAAUGGGGGUGGUAAAUGGGGCAUCCCAACGCACCAACUUAAAGAGGACAUCAAAAUCUUCCUUUUUCAUGCAAAAUAUGUGUAGUACUACAUAUUUUUUAUUUGUGGAUGAAAUAGCUCUCUGCCUAGUUAGGUCACACAGUCACACACAGGAAAACAUAUUAGCACCAUGAGGUUCCCCGAAAUGCCAGAUUGAAUUCCAGCAAGCUUGACCGGUUGUACCGGUUUACUCUGGGGCCGACCCCUUGACCUCAUUUUUUAAAAUAUCCUUUUUUGCGUCACCUGGGGGCUGGAAAUAAAUUUUAAGACUUUUUCCAGGAAUAUCCUGUUUUUUUAUCUGGAAUGCUCCGGAUUUGAUUCUGAUGCUGGACUGAAAGUAAGUAAAUUCUGGAAAACCGGAAAAACAUGACCGACCGGCUCCAGAGCAAAUGGGUCCAACCAGUAAUAUUUUGCAGAAUCCAGUUGCUGAAAUUCAUUUUGACAUUUUUGGAACCCCUAGGGUGCCAAAUUUAGUCACAGCACCAAUAUUGCAUCUUGAAAAAUAUUGGUUAUUAUUUAAUGCACUAAAGCCAUAGUUACCUUUUGGAAGGAUAAUUAAAUUCACUAUAACAAUACUUCACUACUUGCAUUAUUUUGCAUUCAAACAACGCUUAAAAAAAUUCUCUUACUCAACAAAUUAAAAAAACUGAUGAGUCAUCUCAUAAUCUUAUGUUAAAAUAAAAUUAUUAUUUCUGUUGUAGUUAUUCAUUUAAGAAUCAGUGCAUAUCAAAUUAUAUUUAUGAAUACUAAAACUAAUAUUUAAUUAAACAACCCUGAAAAACAAAGUUUUGUUAUACAUCCUUUAUAUGCAUUUUUAUUAUUUUAUUUGAUAUUAAUAUUCUAAUUUCCCACAAGCUUUUACAUGGCAGAUUUACUUCACCAACUAUUUCAGAAAAACAAAAGAAAAUAUAACGCACCUAACGCAAUUGUGAUAUUUUUUACAAAUCUCAUUUAUCAUUUAUUGGGUAUUUUAUUUCAUGAAAUCAGUGGCUUCCUUCAUAUUCCCCUUGAAAAAUAGGAAAAAUUGAUUUUUGGUGGUUGGGGGCUGAAAAUUUGAUAGAAUGUAUUGUCAUAAGCAAAGUCUAUGUGCCAAGUUUCAGCUUCAUAGGUUGAUGGGAAGUGGAUCAAUUAGCCCUCCGAAGAUUCUGCCACACACUCUGACAGAAAGAAACACAUGAACAAAAGCGAAGUUAAUAUAAAGGAUUUAAAAAUAGGAAUAAAGUAGUACUUUAGUCCAAAGUGAUUAAUAAUUUAGGCAUAUGGCUACUACAAUUAAUUUUUGUGAUAAAGUUAAAUAAAAAGCAAAAAAAAUUAUUAUUAAAGUUAAGCCAAAGAAAAUUGUUCAAAAGAGAAUUGGCAGUUUAUGAUCAAACAGUGCAACACUAAAUAAUUAAUUGCCAAACAUAUAUCUCUGUGACAAAUACAUAUAUAUAUCUGAGGAAAGCGAUUUCACCAAAAAUCUCAUCAUGUUCCUUAGUGAAGGGGGCACUAGCAUUUGAUUAAAUAGAGAGAGAGAGCAGAUUGGCUUUCUGUGAAAACAAAACACCCAAAUCCUUUACAUUACUUUUUAUUUUUUAAUGAAUUCCUGAUUUUAAAUAGAGUUCUAAUGUGUUUUGACUUUUGUGUUGAUAAAUCCCAGUUGAAUUUGUCAAAUAGUAUAAAUUGCAUACUAGUUAUAGUUUGACUUGAUUACUCUCAAGUAGGGGUCUCAAGCUUAAACCCCCAUGAAGGUCUCAUGAGGAUGUUUCGAUGUUUAAAAGGGAUAGAGCACACAUACAUGUUUUAAUUUUAAUAGAACAUUUUAAAAAAUAAUGUAAAAUGUAACUGUGAAUACAUUCAUUAUACUAUACUAGAUUGAAAAUCAUACUCAAUACUUAUGCUGCUUUACUAGAAUUUAAAAUUAUCAAUAAUAUCUAAUUGGAAAUCUUUGUGUUUCAUUAUUGGAAUCCAGAUUUUUGGUCAAUCAGCUGACAUGUAUUAAAUAUCAAAUAUUCAUUUAUGAAAGAUUUGCAAAAAUUUUGAAUACCGUUCUCUGACUAUUGACAUUUUAGGAUUGUUUCUUUUUUAUUUUAAACUGCAUUUUUUCCCCCCAUAUUCUAAAGAUAAUCGACAUGUACAUUUUUUGAGUUUGUUUCAUAUCCAUCUUUUUAAUGUUAUUUUAUGUACUUUCUAGAUGGAGCACCAGUAACCAAAAUUCUGCUGUGCCAUGGUGUCAUCACAUACUUUUUGUUUACAUUUCCUUUACAACAUUUUCACCACUGGUUUCAUUACAACCAGGAUGUAUAUGCAAAACAACAGGUAACCAGUUUUUGCCUUGACACCAAUAUUUAAUUUACUGAAGCAGUGAAAUGCUUAAAAUUGUUUUAAAAAUAAUUCCUCUAAUCUCUAUUUUUUUUUUCAAAGAAAUUUCUUAUAGUCUACAUUUUUUAAAAUUGAUUGGAAAUAUUUUACUAUUUCAUAGCCAAAAUGUAUUAAUUUGCUCUUGUUUAAAAGAACAUUUUUGAAUGUUUUCUUUUCCAGUUCAGAAAAAUGUUUAUGUCAAAGAUAGUUUUCUUGGAUUUACCAGACUUGAUCUUCACUUCUUUGCUUAUAUACAACUUUAGGAUAUUUGAGAGAAGGUUUGGAUCCAGGAAAUUUGUGGUAAUUUUAAUUCAUUUCAGAGAUAAAAGAAAAUGUUGAAAAUUUAAAAUGCAGUUACACAAUGUUUACCCUAAGAAGAUUUGUAAAAAUCCCAUCUCUGUACAUUUGUAUCAGAUUUUUAUAUGAACAAUUUAUUGUGUGUAAUUCAGUUGUAUAAUCAUUUCAAAUGUAUAAUAUUGGUAAUGGUACUUGAAAUGACAUUGAUUCAGUGUAAAAAAAUUAAAAGCUGGCAAAUUUGUCAAGUAGGAAAACGAAGUGGCUAUUCGGACCGGGUCCGAGAGCGAGAGGUUGGGAUUUAAAAAAUUUUUUUUACAAAUAUUGUUAGGUUAAAGGGACCCGGGUCCGAAUAGCAGCGCUGCGUGUCCGAGUCCAUUUUGACUAAAUGCUAUUUGGAUGUCAUUUGUUGUAGUUUAUUUUAGUUAAACUGAAGAAGUAAGUAAACAAAAAUAUAGUCCAUUCAAUUAUCUUUCAUUUGAUACCUUUUUUCUUACAAACCCUACAAUAAUUUUUAAAUAUUUUUUAAUAAACCAAUACUCUCACUUCUCCGACCCGGGUCCAAAUAGCGCAGCCUUGGGGAAAUACCAUAUUUUAUAAUUGCAUUGUAUACAGUUUUUGAGAGAGAAUCAGUCAUGCUAUUUUCUAUAUUUAAGAUUUAUUCAUAUCAUAUGUUAGAGAAUAUUGAAUUUGCAUUAUAUGUGGUAUUCUCAGUCCCACCUGAUAGCCACAUCGAUUCUGGGAAGUUUGUUAGAGUUGUUGGUGUUUGCGGUUCUUAAUAUACUGGACAUAAGGCUUGGAGAUAUGCCGACAGGAUUGUAAGUUAUAGGAGCAAUGGUAUCUUUAAUUUUUGUUUAGCUAAACAUGAGGCCAUUAAUUGUUGUAUAUAGCACUGGUUACAAUCACAAUCUUAACUUGUGUCACACUGGUUACAAUCACAAUCUUAACUUGUAUAGCACUGGUUCCAAUCACAAUCUUAACUUGUUAGAGGUCAAGUUAUAUUAAUAAACAAAUACAAUUUAGUCAAACUUAUCAUGAUGAGUUUUUCAUUAAAAUAUAUUAAUUGUGAUACCCCCCUUUCCUCUCCUCCCAACCGCAUCCUCUCCUCCCCCCCUCCCCCCCCCCCCCCCCCCCCAUUCUUUUUCUCUUCUUUUUCCCAUGCAAAAAACAAUGACAGGUUCAGUAUGGUGUUCCCCUUGUACGUUCCAUUUUAUUGCUCUGUUCCACGUGUAGCGUUGAUGAGUCUGAUGGGGGUGCCAUUUACAGGCAAGACAGUAAACUACAUCCUGGGUUUACAAAUGGCCAGUGCAAGAGCUGAGAAUAUUCUUGUUGUAGGAUGUGCUAUUGUGAGUUAUAGUAUCUAACAUCCUUCUUAAAACCAAAAAGUAAAUAUUUAAAUAACCUUUUAAACCUGUGAAGCACCAUAAUUUAGCUUUUAAACUUUGUGAAGCACCAUGAUUUAGCAUUUAAUACUUUUACAUGUUCUAAAACUCAUUUUGUGAAGGGCACCUCCUGUUUUUAGUCAUAGAAGAGCAUUUAAAUUUUUUUAUCCUACUCAAGUUUGUGUCCUUUAAAAAAAAUAUUUAUUUUACUGUUUUAGUUAGCUGGAGUACUAUGGAGAGCCAAUUUCCUAAAAGUCCAAAACGUUCUUCAAGUACCUAAACUUGUGGGCAAUCAAUUUGAUCUCUGUUUGGGCCGAUUUUUAGAAUCUGCGGAGUCCCCAAAAAUAUCUCUCCCCAUGGGAGCAACUUUAGAACUCCAGCAGCGUGAAAGACUGGACAGAAUAGAGGAGCAAAUGAUGAUGUCAGCACUCCAGUCAAGCAGACGUAUGGAGAUUGGCAGGCCUCAACCUUUGGUAUUUUAUUUGCUGAGAAAAUAUCCUAUAUAUUAUUAUUUAAAGCACAGUGUACAAAAGUGUAAUCUUAGAAGAAGUCGUAAAUGUAACAAUUAUUUUAGGUAGUGGAGGCAUAUUAAAAUUGUGCAGAUAUCAAUGUAAAUCAUUUAUUGAAUAUGUUUAUCUAUUUUGUUUUCAGAAUUUGGCACAUGGACUUUUUGGCAAUAUAAAUGUUAAUCGCAAUUUACCACAGAAUCUAUCUAACCAAGCAGGUUUGUUGGAAAUUAAAACAUCACUUUUGAAAAUGUGUUUUUUAAAAUGGGAUUUUUAACUGAAAAUUAUGAAUGGAAUUGUUUUGGCCUGCGCUAACCAUUGAUAAGAGUUGAAAAAAAGAGGAUGUUGGGAUAACAGCAACUAAUGUAACCAACUUGUUUUUUUUUUUUGCUUAGUGACCGUUUCUACCCAAAUGAAAAGUGGCAUUUAAGUAGUUCCUAUAUUUCAUCAAGCAUGCAAUUGACAUCACAGGCAUAAGAAUAAUACACCACUUUAUUUUACAAUAAAAUAUAAAGUAUAUGUAAGUUAAUGGUUUAGUCAUUGUUAUAAAUUAAUAAAUAAUAGUCGAGACUUUGCCAGGUUCAAUCAGGGACUAUUUUAACUCAUUCCCUCCGGCAGUGCUAUUUCCGUACUUAAUUUAUUUUCCUGAGAAAAAUUACAUAUUUUAAAAAUUUUUUAAGCUGCUAAAUAUUAAUAAAAGUUAAUGAAUUAAGGACAAAUGCAUCAAAAAACGAAUAAGGUUUGAUAAAAUAUAACAUUAAUGGCGAAAAAAUAAUGAACUGAGGCCAAAAAAAUCGAUUUUUGACACCUCGGAAAAACACAUGCUAGAUAGAGACGUGCUGUACUAAAGCACAAAUAGUUUUAAAGUGAAACAAGAUAAAAACUUCCAGUCUUUAAAUUAAAAUCAGGCAGAAUCACACCAUAGCCGGAAGUCUCGAGGGACGCAAGAUUUCAUUGCUAUUUUAAACUAAAAAUAAGAGAGGUGUGUCGCUGUGCGCCAGGACGCCUUUGGACGUAUCCCCCAAAGGACGCAUUUAUUUGCAACCGUCAGGAAUGAGUUAAUUUAACCAUUCGCAAUAAUCAGAAGAAGAAAUAUAUAAUUUCACGAAAUAGGAUACACACUUUGAAUCAUUUCACUUUAUGCCUGAUUCUUAUAAUAAUUUCACAUCUCCGUCCACUUCAAAAUCAUUAUCUGCAAUCACAGUUUUUUUAUCAUGGCUGCUCAACUCCCAAAACUGUUGCUAUCACAUGACCCAAUCAAACACACUGAUUGGUCAGUCUUUACAAAUGUAUUAUAGGUACAGGAAUAUAGAAUAUUAACUAUAUCAGUUGUCUCCCAUCAGUGGUCACACAUUCAAAAUGAUAUCCUUGACAGGUUUCUCGCAUAUUUUCUAUAAAACAGUCCUGUCCUAUAAAUUCAUAUUUUUAAAAAAAACAUUAUUUUUUGAAAAAAUAAUACUAUUUUUCUGUGCAUCUUGAGUGCUGUUUUGUUUUCUUAUUAAAAUUUUAUUUCAGUAAAAGAAGCUUAAUUUUUUUGGUCUUACAAAUCAGUAUGAAAUUGUUCUUUAUAUCUCAGACUUUAAUAAUUUCAUACUAUAUUUAAUAAUGAACCUUUUUUAUGCAGGUGACACAAAUUUACCAGACAUUCCUGACAGUGGUGUUUUGGAAGAUCAGGUUUGUAUGUUUUCUUUGGUCUAUUUUCAUUGUGUUAGAAAUAAAGAGAUAUUUUUACAUUAUUCCUUUUUUGUUUCUUCUAAUAUUUUUAUCCGGAACUCUUUAACAGUAAAUUUAGUCACUUCUUCUUCUAUAUCUCGAGGGCCCACGAUCAAUGUUUUGAUCAUUCUGCACUUAAGUUGUAUUCUACAUUUUCUCUCUGAGAGAAGAUUUUAACUAUUUCAAGAAAACCCCAUUUAAAGAGAUUCUAUAAAGUUGCAGUUAUAAUCCUCCCAACAAAAUAUCAUCUAAUUUUUUAUAAUCUUGUCCAUUUCUUGACAUCAUAGUAUUAUGAAGAGUAAAUAUGUGUUACCGUUAGUUUUUCUCUCUAUGAGAUAUUAACAUCUUUCCCCAAAAGGACGGUUAGAAAACACUUUGUACUUCUAUUUAAACAUGGUUAACAUUUACCAGUCGCUGGUCAUUUACUGCCAUAAAGAAUGAGGUUCAUGCAGAAAUAAUAGUUGGGCAUGCAUGGUGGUGCUAUCUCUCUUCAUCUGGCAUUAAGGAAUGUGAACUUAGGUGGAUAAAAAGACCUCACAUUCCUUUUCUGACCAUGACAAAUGUAUCAUAAACUCACUGUACAUUUUUAAGAACUCCGCCAUGACCACAUUGCUCUUCUCUUGCCUCAGAUUCGACAGUUUGUAGAGAUGGGCUUCAGUGAUGAAAGAGUUCGCCAGGCUCUUCGAUCAGCCAACAAUAACCCAAGACUCGCAACAAAUUUUCUGCUGCAGGACAUGUGACCCAAAAACCAAGUGUCUCCAGAUGGUGUCAGAUUAUAGAGUUAAUUAGUGGAGAAGUUGAAUGUCAAUAACAUAUCUCUACAUAAAGGGACAAGUAGCACUUAUAACUAGACAUGUACAAUUAUAGUUUAUUAUUCCUUGCAAAAAAGUGUUAUCAUUGAGAAUAAAAAUUAAUGAAAUUCAGUCAUCAUGAUACAAACAUAAAGUAUACAUAGAAUGACGACCUUUCAAACUUUUGAACACUAUUUUAGGCAGGAGUGGGUAAAUAAAAUAGUUUAAAGACAGAAGCUAUUUUUUUGCGCGGAGAAAAUACCUUUUUUUUAAAAAAAACAAAUUUUCUUCAAUGUAACAAAUAUACUGGAGAAUGUAUGGCAUUGUUACAACAUUUACAGGUGUGUAAUAUAUUUUUCUGCACACAAAAAUUAACUAAUUCGAAUCCUGAUGAUAGAAUCCCGUCUUAAAUCUAUGUAUUUCAUAUUUUAAAGACUUGUACAUGUGACAUACAUGCAGACUCCAUAAAGUUUUACUUCUUAUUUCAAUGGUUAUUGCUGCAGUAAAUUGAAAGCAAUACUUUUAAAAAAUGGCAAAUCAUAAUGCAUUUUUAGCCAGAAUGUUCCAUUAAACUUUUAUUGCAACAAAAUAUCCAGUACUGCGAAGCUAAGACUUUUUAGUUUUAAUAGAAUUGUAAAAAUGUCUCCAAUUUAAGUUACGACAUUUUUUGUAGCUGUCACUUUUUCUAGUAUAGAAAAGCAAUUGCGUUGUAAGUCAUGAACUGCGGUGGCUGGAGUCAUUCAUUCUAUUACAGCUUAGUUUCCACUCAUUCAAACAGUUAUUAUCAAACACCAAUAUAUCGGAUUCAUAGGAUCACAGUGGUAACAAAGUCAGAGACACCAUGUAUUUUCAUGCCUAACUGUGAGAAUUUUCUUUCAAUGGGUAUGAAUUUGUAUGGAUGAAACUGAAAGGAAUUUUAAGUGGGAGAGUGGUUCAUGUUUUUAUAGGUGAGAGUUUCAUUUGUUACUUUAUGGUGUGUGGUAUAUUGAGGUGUUGGGAAAGUCUUGUUGAAUCAAUGUGUAUCAGAACUGUGCAAUCAUGUCUGGAUUUUGAUGUUUCAGUGCCUCAAUGUGAUAAAAAUUACAAAUAAAUAAUAUUUUAAAUAUCAUUUGGAUAUACAUAAUAAAACCUAUUGCUUUAACUGUUACUAUGUAACUAUAGAAUCCUUGACACUGUAUAUUUGUUUCGGGAAUUGCGUUAUUUAUGAACAUAGAAUAUUUUUAGAAAAAGAAGAAAAACGUAAUUAUCUAUUAAAUCAUUUUUUCUUUAACCCAGUCAGUCCAGUAAAUAAUUCCUAUGUUAUUUUUUUGUUUGUCAAAUUAUUUUUUAAUGUUUAUCAUGAGUACCAAAAUCUGUUUGAUUUCCAUAAGCUUCAACUGUUUUUAAUACAUCAUGUGUGAUUGUUGAUUUUUUUUAAUAAACUGUAAUUCCAGUUAAAUAAAACUUAUGAUAAACAUUUCAAUAUUUGUCAAACAAAUAAUUGUGAUUCUUUCCAGGAAACUCAGCUGGCACAUAGAUUCACAUGAAAGAAUAUGAAGAUUUGUUAGUCGUUCAAAUUAAAUGUUCUUUAUUGAAGAAAAAAUAAUGUAAGUCAGGUUUGGAUUUAGACCUGUUGGGGCCCUAACUUUUAGAAAGACCUAACGCAACUGUUGGUAACAGACAAUAAGCUCCAAGGUGAUGAGGUCAAAUUAAAUUAGACUUAUUUCCCAUCCGCCUGAUCUGACCCUGAACAUGUCGAUUCAUCACCUGUGCGUGGGGCUCGUCUCAGUACACAUUGGUUUCAGAACCUCAGAUGUAGACCUAUCUAAGUUCUGGCUUAUGAAGCUCCCCUUACAAAGAAUGGAUAAAAAAUGUCCAUUUUGUAUUAUGGAGCAGAUGAAUGUGUACUGGUGUAAGCUGUAUUCACUGGGAAUGGGUGUUGGGGUCAGUUUUGUCUCUUGGUGAAAAUAAAGUCCUUUUUUAAAAAAAAAAAAAAAUUGAUGGUUUGUUUUAAAGUGCAUGCAGAAAGUGUUCCGUCUACAAAAACAUGCUAAAUGUGCUUUACUUUUGAACCCUCACUGUUUUCUAUUUGGCCAUCUUGUUGGGGUUUUUUCUUAUAAGAUAAUGGGAUCAAUAAAAUUUAUUGUAAACAAUUAAUGAUGUUAUUAUUAUUUUUAUUUUUUUUAAAACAUGUUUCUAUAAACAGAAGAUUUGACAAAAUUUGGUUUAUACUACAAGGUCCAUUGAGCCAUGAACAGCAGGGGUGAGAGAACAGCAGGGGUGAGAGAACAGCAGGGGUGAGAUAUGUGCAAGCUGGUUCCAUUGAGCCAUGAACAGCAGGGGUGAGAUAUGUGCAAGCUGGUUCAAUUGAGCCAUGAACAGCAGGGGUGAGA